CCCACCUUUUAUAUAGUUAACAAUCUCAACCUUUGACACUCCAACUCCGAGGAAGUCUAGUGAAAGAAAAAGAGAGAUCGUGUAUGGACCAAAAGCUUCAGGCGAUCAACCCGAGCGAUUUCGAGUUCACCCACGAGCUGGGAACAAUGCCAUCGAUCACAAGCCGAGGGGAGGUCGCCGUCCCCGCCAUCGCAUCAACAACCUUCCUUAGCACUUGAAAGAAGCCACCGAGAGAGGAGGCUCUAUGAAGCAUCGCAUGACGGCUGCAUCGAGUCGUUAGCUCAAUUGCUGCAAGAAGACCGACUCAUCCUGGCUCGGGCUUCUGUCACUUGCUUCGACGAGACACCAUUGCAUGUGGCCUGUAUGCAAGGUCAUGCACAGUUUGCCAAGGAUCUUUUGGCCCAUAAAAGGGAUUGGGCUAUGGAGUUGGACUCGCAGGGACGAACGCCUCUUCACUGGGCAUCUGCGAAUGGAUACGUCAAAAUAGCAAUGGAAUUGUUACAAUCAGACCCCGUGCAUGCCUUGUCCAGGACGAAGAUGGGAGGACCCCACUUCAUCUAGCCAUGAUGACAGGCCGAACCAAGAUUGUGAUAGAGCUGGUGAAGGUGAGACUAGAGGCGGCCAAGCACAAGCUGAGCCACGGCCAAACUGCUCUCCAUUUGGGAGUGAGGCAUAACCGUUUGGAGACUCUGAAAGUCCUGGUGGAGAUAGUGAGAGAUGGUGAUUUGGUGAAUGCUCAAGAUGACGAGGGUAAUACCAUUUUGCAUUUGGCCGCAGCAAACAAGCAAAUAGAGACAGUGAAAUAUCUGCUUCAAAGGAGCGAAGUGCAUGUGAACACAAUGAAUAGAAAGGGCUUCUCUGCUCUAGAUAUAGUGGAAUAUUUUCCAAAGGAUUUCAAAGUCAUUGAAUUGAGUUACUGGAGCUCCGAGAGCCAUAAGAUUCCCUGCAUCGACAACUCACCAAGCAGUUGUUGAUAACACGAAUGAGGAUAAUUCAAUUGUUGUAGUUGACCUAGCAUCUAUAACACCUCCCUCCACCAAAACUCCUCCGGUAAAGGCGUUUCCACCAGAGUCUUUCCCAAGUGAUAUGAGGAAGCAGGAGGAAGACAAACACGAGGAAUGGAUCGAGAAGAAGCGCAAUUCUCUGAUGAUAGCUGCUACCGUGAUCGCAGCCAUGGCUUACCAAGCUGGCCUUAACCCUCCUGGCGGCGUGUGGGACAACGAUCAGAAAGCAAAGGACGGUUCCAUCUUACACUUCGCAGGAACAUCGAUAUUGGCCGCAAACUAUCGAGGGGGUUACCCAACGUUCUGGAUAAGCAACACCGUCUCUUUUCUUGCAUCCCUUAGCACAAUCUUCUUGCUCAUGAGUGGCUUGCCCUUGAGGAAGAAGGUUCUGAUGUGGAUUCUGAUGGCCACAACGUGGGCGACCAUCACUUCCAUGGCGCUGACUUACCUUCAGUCCAUGACGGCCCUCUUAUCCCUGACAACGAAACCUGAAGAUGGGAAGCCGAACUCAAGGGUGGUUAGCUACUCCCUGUAUGUUUGGAUCGGCAUUGUAGCAAUUGUUUUUCUAGUUCACAUCGUUCGAUUCCUCGCGAUGGUCCUCCGGAAUGUGAAAGAUUCGCAAAAGCUCAAGAAGUGGAUAUCAGGGUGUGUGAGUUGGUGCAGAUCUAGGGGCAAUAUCAAGAUCUGGUGUAUUCAUCUGGUGGGACAAAGGAUUACAGCAUAGUCUUGAUGCCUAUGUUCUUUGUAACUUAAUCCCUAUGUCAUAAGAUUAUUCUGAGUA